AUGCCGCCGGACCGACCAGUGGAUUCUCCACGGUGGUCGCCGACCCCAAGCGACGCUGCUUCUCACGGGGAUGCGGAGGAAGUGGGUUACCGACGCGAACAGUCGACGUUGUUCCCUCCUCUUACCAACAGUCCUCUGACGCUCCACUCGUACAAAGACUCGUCGGUGUCGUCUCUGUUGUUUGGCCUCUUAUGUUGCUUGCUGAACAUUGCCCUCUACCUGGUCAGCGGCGAGAUUUCACGCCUGCUGCAGCAGGAAAGAGAGCUCCAGAGGCAUCAGUCCCUUCACUAUGUGUGCCCCCCUCUAGUAGACGAAGCUGGCAGACGGCAGAACCCGCAGCGCCCGAUCAUCCCUAGCUUUGUCGACAAGAGCGAAGGGCCAGGCCAUCCUGAUGAACGCUCAUGCUCCGCUUUGAAGGCCCGUCCAUCCGCGGAGAACGACGCGGAGGACCACGAAGACUUGGCAAGGACGCAGCAACUGCCUUGCCGCCAGCUGUUGUCUUGCACAUCGCCAAACACGACUUCAGAUGUCUUGGGUGACCUUCUAGGCUAUGGUUCAGUGGAGAAGGAUCUUCAUCAGCCGUUGAUAUCUGGGGAGGCAUGCACGGCAGUGAGUGGACUAGUAUUCACACGAACAGCAACGGAGAAGGACGUUUCGGAUUUCAUUGAACAGGCUUUUGAAAAUGAGGACUGCACGGACCCCGCAGAGACGGUCCCGUGGGAGGCAAAUAUAGAAGAUGUCUUAUUGUGCACCCCUGUACAAGAACCUGGCGAGGCGCCAAUGCCGAGUGAAGAUGCCCCGGAGCCUCAGGCCUUAGCUACAAGACGACAAAACGAUUCCGAUACAUGUGCAGAGCGGGAAACUGUGGCGCAGCCUCAGGUCGUGCAACGGGAGGACCCAACACUCCCGGAGGACUCAAAAUGUUCUCGCUUCAGAACUCUUUUUGCGUCGUGGUCGAGAGCGAUUGGAAGGGGCUUGACGCGGUUCGCUGCAGAGGUCCUCGAACCUUUCUGGAUUCACAGCAUCCAACACCCCUUUUCUAGAUUCAUAGGAGCUCCACUGCGGCAGCGCAUCUGUACUCCGUACAUCAGAGAUACGUACCAAAUUGUCAGGAACUUUGUGGAAGCAGACAUGCAGUAUUCCAGUUUCAAAGAACUGGUUUGGGCGUGCAUGUGGAUCGGAGCCCUCUAUCUGCUUCAUUCGUGGGCGUGGACUCUCGCUGUGGGCAAGGACGGAAUGAGCGUGGGGACUGUGACUGCCAUAUAUAACACGAACCCGGUGUUUGUUUUUCUCUUUACGGCAUUCCUUUACAAAGAAGGCACCGACGACUGCGUGCAGAUUGCCGCCCUCGCGCUGGCGACGCUUGGAGUUGCGGUGAUCGCCUAUCACAAUGAGGGUGAGCCGACUUCGACCUCCGGCGUUUUUCUGUCCGUCGCGUGCGCCGCUUGUUACGGCCUGUUCGAAGUGGUUUACAAGAACUACAUUCUGAAUGCGGCAGACUGGCUAAGCGGGGGAGGUGGGGGAGUCGGCGGCAUUGGCAGCUGCUUCAUUGCCAGUGCCUUCUUGAUCACAUCCGUGAACGAGUGGAGGAUUCAGAGCCGGGAAAAAGCUAGAACCUACAGGCGGCUCAUCUCGCUUGCGGAGCUGCAUCCUCACGAGUAUGCCGAGCUCAGAAAACUUAUGGAGUUGCCUGACUUACCGCAGCCCCGAUCCCGUCGAAGAACGUGUCUUUUCGGACGUACCUCUUCAGAAGCAGAACCAUCCGAGGAUAGUGAACCAUCCUUGGAAUCUAUUGCUGCUCAGCUCGUUGCACGAAAGAAAGAUGAAGACGUCGGCGCCGAGCUCAAGGAGGUUCUCUGCGUUUUCACUGUUCCUGAUGACGACGAAAUCCUCAUUGCCGAAGACACCGGCGCGGCACUCUGA